UCCGGGCCGGCCCAACUUCCAGCCGCCAUUGGGGAGGCCGAGCUAGGUCCCCGCAGGCUCCUCGGGCAGGGUCUCGCUGCAGCCUCUGGACGCUGCGCAGAAUGGUUCAACUUCUCAUCUUUGUCCUAUUGUAAGCUGUUGUCUGUGUAUUGGUCAAAAGGCUAUGUAGAUUACCUGCCCUUUGAAGACCACUUUUAAGGUGUCUCAUAAGACAGCUGUGUUUAAAGAGCACAAGUGUUGUUGGGACAGAGGGAAGAUGGAAGUGUUCCAUGAGCUGCGCCGGCCUUCAGUGCGUUUGGAGUGUGACCACUGCAGUUUCAGAGGCACAGAUUAUGAAAAUGUGCAGAUCCACAUAGGCACUGUCCAUCCAGAGUUCUGUGAUGAGAUGGAUGCUGGGGGGUUAGGUAAAAUGAUAUUUUACCAGAAAAGUGCAAAGCUUUUUCACUGCCAUAAAUGUUUUUUUACCAGCAAGAUGUAUUCCAAUGUAUACUAUCAUAUCACAUCCAAACAUGCAGCCCCAGAGAAGUGGAAUGAUAAACCAGAAAACCAGUUAAACAAGGAAACAGAUCCUUUGAAUAGCCCUUCUGUUCCUGAACACCAGAAAAUGCCCUGUAACUCAGCAGAACUGAAGUCUAUACCUCUUCUCUCUACAGAAACCCAAAAACUUGGUCCAGUUCUUUCUCCAGAGUCUCCAACACCUGCUCCUCUUACUCCCCUGGAGCUUCAGAAAACUGACCCUGUUUCUCCUGAGCCUCAGGCACCUUCUCUUCCCCCUGAGCCUCUGAAACCUGCUCCUAUUUCUUCUCCUGAACUUCCAAAACCAGCCCCUGCUGCUUCUGAAUCACAAAAGUCUGUUCCUUCUCCAGAGCCGCAGAAACCUGCCCCUGUAUCUCCUGAACCAGUGAAGGCUGGUCUUCCUAACCCCAAGUCCCAGAAACACUCUCAUUUCACAGACACAGGAGGGGCACCUUCAGCCUCAUCUCCAGAGUCACCGGUUCUCUCUGCUUCUCCUGAGCCUUGGGGGCCAUCCCCAGCUGCAUCUCCAGAAUCUCGGAAGCAACCCAGGACUGCCUCCCCUGAACCAAGGAAGCCAUCCCCAUCAGAGUCUCCUGAACCUUGGAAGCCAUUCCCUGCUGUCUCCCCAGAGCCCCGGAGGCCAGCCCCAGCUGUGUCACCAGGUUCUUGGAAGGCAGGUCCACCUGGAUCCCCAAGGCCUUGGAAAUCGAGUCCUGCAUCAUCAGGUCCUUGGAAGCCAACUAAACCUGCCCCAUCGGUGUCUCCUGGACCUUGGAAGCCAAUUCCUUCUCUGUCACCUGGACCCUGGAAACCAGCUUCAUCUGUAUCUCCUGCAUCCUGGAAGUCAUCUUCAGUCUCACCAGGUUCCUGGAAAACUCCCCCCACAUCUCCAGAGUCAUGGAAGUCUGGCCCACCUGAGCUUAAAAAGACAACUCCUACCCUGUCACCAGAACAUUGGAAAGCAGUUCCGCCAGUAUCCCCUGAGAUUCGUAAACCGGGCCCACCACUUUCUCCAGAACUCCGCAGCCCGGCGGGCUCUCCAGAGCUCAGGAAGCCCUCAGGGUCACCAGAUCUUUGGAAGCUUUCUCCUGAUCAUCGGAAAACUUCUCCUGCCUCCCUGGAUUUUUCAGAGUCCCAGAAAAGUUCCCGUGGUGGUUCUCCUGAUCUCUGGAAGUCUUCCUUCAUUGUGGAAUCUCAGAAACCUACUGUCUUCCCCGAGACCCGGAAAUCAGGUUCUUCUGGUCCAUCAGAGUCCCCCAAAGGAGCCUCAGAUAUCUGGAAACCUGUUCCCUCUAUUGAUGCUGAGCCUAGAAAAUCCAUGUUGUUUCCUGAGCCCACCAAAACUGCACCUCCUGCUUCCCCUGAGCCACGAAAACGUGUGCUUUUCCCAGAGCCCAGGAAGCAUUCUCUUUUUUCUGAGUUCCCCAAAUCUACUGUAUUCUCAGAGUCUCAGAAGACAGCGGAGCUUGGCGAUGAGCUCCAGAUAGAUGCCAUAGGUGACCCAAAAUGUGAUAUUUUGGUUCAAGAAGAGCUUUUGGUGACACCGAAGAAGCUUUUAGAAGAUGCUCUGUUCCCUUCCUCCAAGAAAAUUAAGAAGGACAGCCAGGAGCACUCUGAUGCCGAGCUGAGCAGCAGUGAGUACAUCAGAACAGAUUUGGAUGCCAUAGAUAUUAAGGGCCAAGAGUCAAGCAGCGAUCAAGAGCAGGUAGAUGUAGAGUCUAUUGAUUUCGGCAAAGAGAGCAAAAUGGACAUGAGCAGUCCAGAGCAGUCCAAACAUGUGCUGCAGUUCACUGAGGAAAAAGAAGCAUUUAUCUCCGAAGAGGAGAUUGCAAAAUAUAUGAAGCGUGGAAAAGGAAAGUAUUAUUGCAAAAUUUGCUGCUGCCGUGCUAUGAAAAAAGGUGCUGUUUUGCAUCACUUGGUUAAUAAGCAUAAUGUUCACAGCCCUUACAAGUGCACAAUUUGUGGAAAGGCAUUUCUUUUGGAAUCUCUUCUUAAAAAUCAUGUAGCAGCCCAUGGGCAAAGUUUACUUAAAUGUCCACGCUGUAAUUUUGAAUCAAAUUUCCCAAGAGGCUUCAAGAAACAUUUAACUCAUUGCCAAAGCCGACAUAACGAAGAGACAAAUAAGAAGCUGAUGGAAGCUUUUGAAUCGCCCUUGGAGGAACAGCAGCUUUGAUUUAUUUUAUUUUUUGGUACCAGGAAUUGAACUCGGGACCUCACAGUUGCCAGGCAAGUGCUGCGCCACUGAGCUAAACCCCCGGUUCCCUUGAUUUUAAAACAUAGUGAAUACUUGCUCUAUGGCAUUGUUUCCUGAGAUCAUAGCUUGUUAUGUAGCCUGGUUGGAUCAGUAGAAGGUAGUGUGUAUGGUGUGCCGUGUUAGACUCAUAGUGUUACAGAGCAUAAGCAUUUGGUUAUUUCUUCAUGGUCUGUGUUAUGUGACUAUCUUGUAAAUCAAGAAAAUUUUAAUGUAUAUUCCAGAGGGAUAAAACUUCUCAUUUCCUCUAAGUAUAUUUGAGUAGAAUUACAAAGGGGUAGGUUUUCCAUUUAAUAAAUGAGCAACUUCUAAACAUCUAGUUAAAGUGUGUGUGAUGUGUGUGUGUGUGUGUGUGUGUGUGUGUGUGUGUGUGUGUGGCUGUGGCUGUGGCUGAUUUCAGACAAUAGACAUUAUUAGGUGGGCUGGGAGUAUAGCCCUCAGUGGUAGAGCACUUAGCUACCAUGUGUGCAGCCCCUGAGUUUGAUCCUAGCACGGGAAAAAAAAAGGUGGAAGUUUAAGAAUUCAGCAUGAAAGUAAGUUGAGAAAAAUUUUGUUGCCUUUCCUUAAACAUAUUUUCAAAUCUUAAGAGUUACUUUUAUUUGACCAUGUAAAGUUAGCCUAUAAAUCUUGAGUAGUUUUUUGAUGUUUUUUUGUUUUCAAGUCAUGGAAAAUUGGAGUUUCAGGGUCACCGGUUUUCUGCUAACAGGGAAAACUGAUGAUUUGAAAGUAGUUUGCAGUCUCCUGCCAGAGGCUGAGAGGAGGAUUAGUGUGAUGGGGUCUUUGUCGUUCAUCAUUUCCAGUGGAGUCUUCCAUUUGGUGUCGUGCCCUUUACUCCCCCGCCAGCUCAUACCAACAGAUGAUCCUAACUGCCAAAUGUGUUAGUUUGUCUCUCCUACUCCUGGGCCUUGCUGCCUCCUAUUGGGGUUUAAGACCAGGACAGUGGAUAGGAGCUGAAAGUCUUCCAAAUUCACAGUAAAAAUUUUUAUAAAUAGACAUUUCUGUUCGAGAAAUAUAUAAAUUUUGUUUUCCACAGUUCUGUUACUGUAAAUACUUUGUACCUGUUCAUGGGUUAUUUUAUUCUAAAAUACUUUGUCAAAUGUGUGUAAACCAAAUUAAAAAGGCUUUUGAUGUCUGCCAAA